CGACUCCAACUCCAACUCAUAUAGGCUACUCUCAUCGUAGGGAAUAAAUGGGAUCGGAUCGCCGGAACUGAACUGACUUAAAUUGCUUUUCAGGGUGCAAAACACAUUUAUCAUUGUCUUUACCGUCACAUAGCAGACACGAUAGGUCACCACACACACACACCACAGCUGUGCCGUUGUCUCUCCCAACUUUGAAUCGACGGGCACUUUGGCCUCCAACAUUGAAGGUCACCACUCGCCACAUCCAAAAUGGCCCCCAAACAGAAGCAGCCAUGCUAUGUCCUCGGCGUGGGCAUGACCAAGUUCAUCAAGCCGCGGGGCAAGGUGGACUACACCGAGCUCGGGUUUGAGGCCGGCGUCAAGGCCAUGCUGGACGCAAAGAUCAACUACGACGACGUCGAGCAGGGCAUCGCGUGCUACUGCUACGGAGACUCGACGUCUGGCCAGCGCGUCUUCUACCAGUUCGGCAUGACCCAGAUCCCCAUCUUCAACGUAAACAACAACUGCUCAACAGGAUCGACCGGGCUGGCCAUUGGGAGGCAGUACAUCUCGAGCGGUGCUGCCGACUGCGUGCUGGUGGUCGGCUUCGAGAAGAUGAUGCCCGGCAGCCUGCAGACCUUCUUCAACGACCGCGAGAAUCCCACCGGCACCUCGGGCCUGAUGAUGGCAGAGACCCGUGGCUUCACCAAUGCCCCCGGUGCCGCCCAGAUGUUUGGCAAUGCCGGCCGUGAAUACAUGGAGAAGUACGGCGCAACGGCCGCUGACUUUGCUGAGAUCGGCCGCAUCAACCACGCCCACAGCGUGAACAACCCCUACUCGCAGUUCCAGGACGUCUACACGCUCGAGCAGAUCGAGAAGGCGCCCAUGAUCUUCGAGCCCCUGACCAAGCUGCAGUGCUGCCCCACGUCGGACGGCGGCGCCGCGGCGGUGCUGGUGUCGCAGGCCUUCCUGGACGCCCGGCCGCACCUCAAGGAGCAGGCCGUCCAGAUCGCAGGCCAGUGCAUGGCCACCGACGCCCCCUCGCUCUUCUCCAAGAGCUCCAUCGACCUGAUGGGCCGCGAGAUGACCGAGUACGCCGCCCGCACCGCCAUGGCCGAGGCCGGCGUCAAGCCCUCCGACUUCAGCGUGUGCGAGCUGCACGACUGCUUCAGCGCCAACGAGAUGAUCACCCUCGACUUCCUGGGCCUGUCGGAGCCGGGCAAGGCCCACGAGCUCGUCCGCUCGGGCGGCAUCACCUACGGCGGCAAGGUCGUCGUCAACCCCUCCGGCGGGCUCAUCUCCAAGGGCCACCCGCUCGGCGCCACGGGCAUCGCUCAGUGCGCCGAGCUGGUCUGGCACCUGCGCGGCUGGGCAAACAACCGCGAGGUUGCCGGCACCAAGUACUGCCUGCAGCACAACCUCGGCCUCGGCGGCGCCGUUGUCGUCACUGUCUACAAGCGGGCUGACGGGAAGGCGGCUCCUAAGCUGGACGAUGCUACCGUGGGCAAGGUCACCGGCCUCGGGUACAACCCUGCCACCCAGGCCAAGGGCUUCACGGCUGCGCAGGCGAGGGCGGUGAGGAGCAAGGACCGGGCGAGCGACUGGGCACUGCAGGACACUGAGAAGAAGGUCGAGGCUAGGUUUUAGGGCGCUCGUUUGUACUGUCGACAUUGGAACCGCAUAGCUGUCAGAGAUUGCCUGUAGGAACAAGUUUGAACGCCGCUAAUGAAGAGUUUUCACCCAAUGUAAA